GGACUUUAUCUCAGCUUUGCAGCAACGUUUUGUCUCGCGUUCUCGGAAAUUUCAACAACGUGGUGAUUUACCGCAUCUUUGUAGAGGCUUGUUUACCUUCAAAACGUCACUCAAGAAUUUGAAAGUGUAAAAUACGAUGGAGAAAGCAGUUUAAGCGUGACUAUUCAAAUUUCAUGCAUGGAUUAACGAAGUUUGAAACAAAUAAUUUAGUUUUUAGCGAUUUGAAGGAAUUGUUUUUUUUAGCCUCCACUCUUAUCAGGGAAAGAAUGUUGAAACUAACUAUAAACAUUUAUUCUGAAAGAUAAAGUUUUGUAAAAUAAAUUUAUAAACAUAUUCGCAUGUGUGCUUAAAAUGAGAAAAACAAAGAUGCUGAUUUUUGUUAUUUCUUUCGCCGGUAUCUUUUAUGGGAUAACGGAAGUAAAUACAGCUGACUAUUCUUUGGCGGAAUCAUCAAAAGGAUUAACUUUUGUGAAUGAACCACCUAGUGAUGUAACUUUUUUAAAUACAUACGGAACUAUCAUUCCUUGUUCUGUCACUGGAAGUCCUUCACCCACUAUUGCUUGGCGGACGGAAGAUGGCACAGUAGUGGUUAAUGUUCCAGGAUUAAGGCAUGUCCGAUGGGAUGGUUCAUUAGAUUUUCCACCUUUUUCUCAAGAAGACUUCAGAAAGGAUGUUCAUACAGCAGUGUACAGGUGUGUUGCAAUGAACAGUAUUGGAAUCUUAGGAAGCAGAGAUGUUCGUGUAAGAGCAGUUAUUAAAGAAGUGUAUGAAAUAAGUGUGCAAGACAGCACUGUUCCGACUCAGAAUACUGCCCUCAUAAGGUGCCACGUGCCCUCAUCCGUUUCAAGCUACGUGCAAGUAUCAGCUUGGUUGACAGACGAUGGAUUAACAAUUCUCGCUCAUGAUGAUCAUGGAUAUAGUGGAUCUAAGUAUCAAGCUUUUAGUGUUGGAACGCUUCAUGUUGCUUCAGUUGAACAAGCAGACGGUGGUCGUCGCUAUCGUUGCCAAGUGACUAACAGUUUAACUAAAGAAAAAGUUGUUAGUGUUGGGUGGGGAAAACUGAAAGUUGUUGGCAUUCAUGCACUUUUUGAAACCUAA